AUGGAUUCGGUCGCGUGGUUGCAAGCAGACGUAACAGAAUCCGGCGUCAAAUUCUAUGAGACUUAUUGUGUAGUGAACGCUGAUUAUUCUGAUAAUCAAAAAGGAGCUGACAACCUCAUCCGUAUAAAAAUUCGGCGAAGGACGUUGCUUCUUUGGGUAUUGUAUACCUUAAAAGAAGAUAAAACACGCUUCAAUACAUUCAUUUUAUUUGAUUCAUUGGAAACACCCAAAAUUGUAUACAAUGGAGAAAACGCCGCGACCGUACGAGCAUAUCUUCAAGGAGACCAAUUCAAAUUUGAUUAA